AUGGGAGUUCGUCAAUCUCAUCUUAACAUUCAUUUGCUAUAUAAGACCGGUAAAUACGGUCAACAAGGUUACGAAGUUACUCUUUCCAAAGAAGUAGUCAAAGAUUGUAAAAGCUUUGAAGUUUACACUCAUACAAUCGAAUAUAAGUCAGGGAAUGGUACUAAUUUUGAUAUUUAUAUUUAUAACAAUAAACGGCCAUAUACUACAGAUUCUUACGUUUUCGCUUACUGUUCCCCUAGCGGCAAGAAUCAAGUCGUGAAAGCGGUUAAAGUUUAUUUUUCAGUUUUCAUUCCUGAUGUACCUUUGGUUAUUUCAUUUUAUACGAACGGUGCCCAAACUCAUAACUGUUUACCCAGUGUUCUGAAAAAAGCCGGUUGGGAUUAUGGAGCCUAUAUAACAAGACAAUCCUUUAUUGAGGAGUUAUCCAAAGAAUUGCCUAAGUUAUAUAAACAGGCAUCAUCAAACUGGAAAAUACAGUUUUUUGCUAAACAUGAUGUUGAAUCAACUAUUUCUGAACAAAAGGAAGAUUUAGAUAAUGAAGGCAAUUAUAAAAGAUAUAUUUAUAAACCAUCAAUUGAAAAAGCUACUAUGAGUAGCAAAGAGUUGUUUAAAUCUUUUACAACUUCUGCGUUUAAAAAUCAAAUAGAUUAUUCGUAUUUAAGCAUUGUUAACGAAAAAACUUUUGAUGGUAUUCUAAUAUACACUUACAUCAAUAUCGCAUUAGUUUUGGAGUUUAUUGAUCCUUGUCAAAAAAUACACAUUCAGAGAAAGGAUAAGGAUGCUACCUACUGGGCUAAGGAAGAAUUAGAAUACACAGAGGAUAAAUCUCUAACAGAGAAUUUGAAUAAAAUACAAUCCGAGUCAAGCUCUAAUAACAUUGUCACAUUUAUGCUUGACAAAUUCGACAAAUACAACGAUGUCGAAGUUACACAUAAUAAGGAUUCUCAUACCACGUACACCAAAUACACACAUAAAUCGAAGGUUGAAAAUAAACCUAACCUUGUAUUUAAAGGUGUAAAGGUCACCAUAGUAAAACAGCCUUUUGAAAAUAAAACGAAAUCUCUUGAUGUAUACUAUUUGAAAGUUAGAGGAGGGAUAGAUGGCAAGCAGGAUGGGAAACCUUUUUUAAUUAUAUUUAAUGAAACUGGUGAGGGUAAAGAAAAUAAAACGACAAUAUACCACUUUAACAACACUGAACAAUUUAAUGAUUGGAUCGAAUUUAAAGAUGAUAAAUCUGAAAAAUUGGAACAAAAAUUAGAAGAAAUAGAGAGUAGUAGAGGUUGUGGUGUUGAUUUAUUUCUCCUUCGAAAGUUAGCUUUUGAAAUAUUAAUUAGAGAAGAACGUCCCACUCCUCCCGCGCCUCCACCAGAGGAAAAACCAAAAAGACCACCUAUAUAUGUACCUCCAACAACUGAACCAGCGAAUUUAUCGUUAAUCAUAGGAUGCAGUGUAGGAGGGUUCCUCUUACUAGUGGCUUUGGUUGUUGGUUAUGGUAUCUAUUGGUACAACACAACCAUCAAACUCUUGACAUAG